UCUGACAGCUGACAUCGCAACGUUGACGUCGCGAAGUCGCCGCAAUGAUAGCGAUAAUAACAAACGUAUUUAUUUAAAUAGCAUGUGUAUAUAUUAUAAUAUUUUUUGCAUAAUUCUCCGAAGUAGUGGACGAUAAUAUUCCGACCUAGUUUAGAAGGAAUAUUCCGCACAUAUAUGGCUUCUUCUUGAAAAGGAUCAAAAAAGCGAUAAAAAAAGGAUAAUGACUCGCAAGAAGAACACUGAGUAUAUAUAAGAAAAUUAUAUAAUUAUAAACAAGGGUCAAAGUAUAUUACAACUAUUUUUUAUAUUUCUGAAUUGUACAUUUUAAUAUAAUGAUGGAGAAGGAAAACAGUUUUACUAGAAGACCUCUAGUUGAUAACAACAUAGACACAUUGUUCGAAAAAAACUUCCUAAUCUCGGGUAGUGGACAAAUGGAAACUUAUACAUUACCAAAUCCCACGUCGAUGUUUAAGGAGCCGCCAUGGCAUCUAGAACAUUUGCAAACAUUAAAGGCCAGUCUAAAUGAAAUAAAGAGUCGUCUCAACAACUUUGAUCUAUGUGAGUGGCAACAACAUACGAAUCAGAUGAACAAAGCAGGCGACAUUGUGAACACUGUGAAAAGGAACAUACAAGCAGAACUCGUGACUCAAGCCUGGUGUAAAUUCUAUGAGAUUGCUUCUACCUUUUUCCUCAUUCCAUUAAACGAGAUUUAUUGCGAAGAGAAUAAGAGUUUUACCUCUGUGCAUCUGUGCGAAGCGCCAGGCGCCUUUAUAACCGCCCUGAAUCACUGGUUAAAGACAAACGCACCGGAUGUAGAAUGGAGUUGGACGGCCACCACAUUGAAUCCUUACUGCGAGGGACAUUCGUACAACACGAUGGUACCCGAUGACAGAUUCAUCAGGCAUACUCUGAAACAUUGGUACUUCGGCGUCGAUAAUACGGGCGAUGUGAUGGAUCUUAGAAAUCUAGAUAUUAUGGUGGAACGAUUCAAACAGAGGAACCAGAAAGUCCUACUGGUCACUGCAGAUGGAAGUAUAGAUUGCAAAGACAUACCAGGAGAACAAGAAAGUGCUGUGGCGCAAUUGCACUUAUGCGAAACAGUGGCCUGUAUGCACCUCUUGCAAGAAGGCGGUAAUUUUCUACUGAAGCUCUUCACCAUGUUCGAACAUCAAUCUGUAUGUUUGAUAUAUCUGCUUUCCUGCUCCUUCCAUCAAGUCACCGCAACAAAGCCAGCUUCUAGCAAAGCUGGAAAUUCAGAAAUAUACCUCGUGUGUACGAAUUUCAAGGGCAAAGAUUAUGUUGCACCAUAUUUGAAUAUACUCAGGCAUUAUUGUAGCAACGUGUCGCCUAAAAAAGCAAUGUUUAAUUUGCGAGAUAUUCCGAUGCCUUUUUUGUGCAAACUCCAAGAAUGCAAUGAAUUCUUCAAGCAUCAUCAAUGUCUAGUCAUCACAGAGAAUAUAAACACGUUUCGCGCAGAAAGAUACAACAAUAUCCUCUCCGAACUAAAACAUAUCAAGCGGAAAGUUGUUCAGAAGUAUAUCAGGACAUGCAGAUUAAGUCAAAUAGAUUCUGCGAACGAGAUAGUCGGUCGGCAAAUAUUAGAGAUGAGCAACAAUUUUUAUACAAAUAGACAAUGGCAUGACGAAUCUUACAACGAGCGCUGCAAGAAGCAAGAUUUAACACCGCAAGAACAAUUAUUGCAGAUAUGUAACAAAAUGAAGAAAAUAGAAUUAUCGAUGGAAAAAUCUUAUACUUGGCAUUUACAAGCACCAGAUUUAGAAAUACGAGGGGGAAAAUCAUUUAACAAAGUAUGCAGCUCGCACUUUUGUGACUCAAAAAUUCUACAGAUGUUAAACCAAAUUGACGACAAACUACGAGAUACACGCUCCAAAGCACUUUAUAGCUUUGUUUUUUCAUCGGCAGAAAUGAUACAAGAGCAGCGAAUUGAUCCAACUUAUGAGAUACUGAGCUUCCAAUUUUUUCGCGAUUACGAUAGUCAUCGGACGAUUGCUGAAAUUUACGAUCGAUUAGAACAACUACAGAUCGGACAAACACUCGUUCUCAUCGGCUACUCUUUGCUAACGCAGUUGAAUGUCGGACUCUUAUAUCUCGUGGGUGAUCUCUUCGAUAACAUCAUUGUAGAGGUUCAUGAUAAUGAAGGCUAUCGCAUUAAAUUGGAGAAGUAUAGACGUAAUGACAAAAUAUUGAAUAAUUUGCUUGAAAUACUCAGGGCGUCGAAUAAUAUGCGUGACCAAAAUAUGAUCUGGUCAGUAAUACCUAUAACGUUUUUAUAUGAAUGUCACCAUUUCCCCGUGAUAGUACAACUUAAUCAUCUGAUGAUCAAACUAUAUGCUCAUUACAUCAGUAUGAUAGAGAAUAGUAAGACAUAACAACAAAGAAAUUUAAUAUACAUGAUGUGAUUAUA